AUUCAAAAUUAAGCACAAAACAAUAAUGGCGUCUUCCUUGUUUCCUCUAUUAUUCCUCCUCCUCCUCUCAGCCUCCUCCGCAGCUUCAGCUUUAAUUCAAGAUAAAUUCAUCCAAUGCCUCACUCUUAAUUCUGACAUUUCCAUUCCGCUCCCCACCUCUUUUUUCACCCCAAACACUUCUUCCUUUUCAACUGUCCUUGAAUCCUCUUCACAAAACCUCAGGUAUUUGCUCCCUUCAGCGCCAAAGCCUGACUUCAUCUUCCUGCCCGUCCAUGAAUCCCACGUCCAAGCUGCGGUAAUUUGCUCCAAGGAGCUCCACUUACAUCUCAGAGUCCGCAGCGGGGGCCACGACUACGAGGGCCUCUCUUAUGUAUCCCAAAUCGAGUCACCUUUCAUCAUUGUGGACCUGGUCAAGCUUAGAUCCAUCAGCGUUGAUAUCAAAGACAAUAGUGCGUGGAUUCAGGCUGGUGCCACUAUUGGUGAAGUCUACUAUAGGAUUGCCGAGAAAAGCAAUACCCAUGGCUUCCCGGCCGGUCUUUGCACCAGCUUAGGCGUCGGCGGCCACAUUACCGGAGGUGCAUACGGUUCCUUGAUGAGAAAAUACGGCCUUGGUGCUGACAAUGUCAUUGAUGCUCGGAUUGUUGACGUUAAUGGCAGAAUUCUUGACCGGGAAGCCAUGGGAGAAGAUCAUUUUUGGGCUAUCAGAGGUGGGGGAGGAGCAAGUUUUGGAAUCAUUCUUUGGUGGAAGAUAAAGCUGGUUCCUGUUCCCCCAACCGUGACAGUUUUCACCGUUACAAAGACCUUAGACCAAGGCGCAACAAAGAUCCUCUACAAAUGGCAACAAGUUGCCGAUAAGCUUGAUGAGAAUCUGUUUAUCAGGGUCGUCAUUCAAUUGGCCAGUACCGCUGCUAAAGGCGGAAGAACGGUAACAACUUCUUAUAAUGCUCUGUUUCUUGGUGGUGCUGAUCGGCUCCUCCAAGUUAUGAAACAAAGCUUCCCGGAGUUGGGUUUGACACGAAAAGAUUGCACCGAAACAAGCUGGAUUAAAUCCGUGCUUUACAUCGCCGGGUACCCAAGCGGAACACCCCCUGAAGUUCUGCUGCAAGGGAAGUCCCUCUUCAAGAACUAUUUCAAAGCGAAAUCAGACUUUGUCAAAGAACCCAUAGCGGAGACGGCGCUUGAGGGGCUCUGGAAAAGGUUACUGCAAGAAAAUAGCCCUUUGAUGAUAUGGAAUCCAUAUGGGGGAAUGAUGAGCAAGAUUUCAGAGUCAGCAAUUCCCUUUCCUCACAGAAACGGAACCUUGUUCAAAAUCCAGUACCUAUCUCUGUGGCAGGAUGAGAAGGAGAAGGCAAAGCCGCAUAUGGAGUGGAUAAGGAGGCUUUACAAUUAUAUGGGUCCUUAUGUUUCGAUGCUUCCAAGGGGUGCAUACGCGAAUUACAGGGAUCUUGAUUUGGGGAUGAACAUGAAGAAGAACGCCAGCUUCAUAGAGGCAAAUGUUUGGGGGAGCAAGUACUUCAAGGAUAACUUCAUCAGAUUGGUAAGAGUGAAGACUAAAGUUGAUCCAGAUAACUUCUUCAGGCAUGAACAGAGCAUCCCACCUCUUCCACACGUAAUGUGAAACGCUACAGCUUAAUUAGUUUCCUUUGUACAUAUAUAUAUAUAUAUAUAUAUAUAUAUAUAUCAUCCAGUGCUUCAAAUGAAUAAAUGAAUGCUUAAAAUA